GCACUUCCGUGUGUUGUUUACACUAUUCCAGCUCUCUCCAUCGCUGCGUCUCUCGAUUCUCCAUUCCCCUCUUUUACUUCGCUGCUGCAUGCUCGAUGUCUCUCGCCCUACCGUCCUUUGAUUUUCUAAGUCGUUUUCGUAGGAUUUGGUAAAAUCUGCACACAUUCUGUCACUCGACAUGCAAGUUUCGUAAUUCUUCUUGACUGUGUUGAUCGGCAAUCGCUGAGCCUUUGUGUUUGCGAAGACCGAUCUACUUUCUGUGUAAUUCAGUCACGACUGAUGAUGUAGGGACGGUGUGUGUAUGUGUGUGUAUUGCUCUCUCCUUCUCUUUCUCUCUCUCUAUCUCUUCAUUCCUUCCGGUUUAGAAGCUGCGGAUAUCCAGUUCUUCAGAUUAUUCGGGUUUACUUGCUUAUUGGUUGUGCCGAUUGGAGCCGGUCAUCCUUCAUCGUUAGUUUUCGGAUUGAUCGUGUCUUCUUAAUGUAGUGUUUUACCGAUGCGCAAGUUCCGUCAGUCCUUGUGGGUGACAAACGUCGAAAGCCUCAGAUCAUCUGUCCAACUUCUAGAAGGAUUUGUUUUUGACGAAUCGUGAUCAGCUGUGUAGACAUCGAUAAAAUGCGGACGUGUUAAUCUCUGGUACGAAUACCGUAGGAUUACUGGUGGGAUUGAAGUUGAAGAAACGGAGCGAAUUCUAACUUCUUAGUGAUGACUGGAGAUUUUCCUGCAACUCUGGGUAUGCCUGGUCCCUUGCAGUCCAAGCCUGAAGACUUAAGCCAUCCUUGCCAAGAGCAGCUUCCUGAGCUGAAGUAUUGUAUCAACGAUAAUCCACCUUGGCCGGAGGCUAUUGCGCUUGGGUUCCAGCACUAUCUGGUUAUGCUUGGAUCAUCAAUCAUGAUUCCUAGUAUCCUGGUGCCCAUGAUGGGAGGAAAUGAUGCAGACAGGUCCAGAGUUAUUCAGACGAUUUUGUUCGUCUCGGGUAUCAACACACUUUUACAAACGACUUUUGGAACUCGUCUGCCCACUAUUGUUGGCGGCUCCUUUGCCUUCAUAAUUCCUACAAUCACGAUUAUCAACUCCGACAAUCUUCUCAGUAUUGAUGACGACAAUGAGAGGUUCUUGCGUACAAUGCGUGCUGUUCAAGGUGCAAUAAUAGCAUCCUCAACUAUCCAAAUUGCUCUGGGCUUCAGUGGGUUGUGGGGGAUCCUAGUUAGGUUCUUAAGUCCAGUGUGCAUCGCUCCCACUAUAAUCGCAGCGGGGUUGGGUCUCUACGAGUAUGGCUUCCCAAUGGUAGGCAAAUGUGUAGAGAUCGGCAUUCCGCAUUUACUUCUGGUUCUAAUAUUUUCUCAGUAUUUGAAACAUAUUAGGUUUCGGCAUCAGCCAAUUUUUGAGCUCUUUCCAGUCAUGAUUGGCACAGCUAUAACUUGGGCAUAUGCUCAUCUCUUAACUAUGAGUGGAGCAUAUGAACAUGUUUCUCCAAAAGGAAAACUUCACUGCCGAACAGACCGAGCGCAUAUCAUCGGAUCAACUCCUUGGAUCAGAAUACCUUACCCUUUGCAAUGGGGAGCUCCAACCUUUGAUGCUGAUCAUGUAUGUGGAAUACUAGCAGGAGCUGUAGCAACCUUGAUAGAGUCAACAGGUCAUUUUUAUGUCAUAUCACGCUUAUCCGGCGCCACACCACCUCCACCCUAUGUUAUCAGCCGUGGCAUCGGUUGGGAGGGUUUAGGAAUAUUGAUGGACGGAAUGUUUGGAACUGCAGCAGGAUCAACUACUUCUGCGGAGACAAUCGGAUUGAUUGGAUUGACGAAGGUUGGGAGUCGUCGAGUUGUGCAAAUUUCUGCAGGAUUCAUGAUAUGUCUCUCUAUUUUGGGAAAAUUUGGUGGCAUCUUUGCAUCUAUACCCGUACCCAUGGUGGGUGCAGUGUUUUGCAUCAUGUUUGCAUAUCUAGGAGCGGUUGGCAUAUCCAGUCUUCAAUUUUGCAAUAUGAAUCUGCAACGGAAUAUCUUUAUUAUUGGAUUUUCAGUUUUUAUGGCAUUCUCAGUGCCACAAUACUUCAAGCAAUACACAUUGACAGCCGGUCAUGGUCCAUCCCAUUCACGUGCACAUUGGUUCAACGAUACUAUCAACGUGCUGUUUUCUUCAAGCGCAGUUUUAGCAAUGAUGAUUGCAACAACUCUCGACCAAACACUCAAGGCAUCACGAAGGGACCGGGGUUUACUCUGGUGGGACAAAUUCAGUACCUAUGGUUCAGAUCCUCGUAACCUUGAGUUUUACAAACUGCCCAUGGGUCUCAAUAAGUUCUUCCCUCCAACUUGACGCACAACUGUACUGUUUGAAGACCAUCCAUUUCUUUAAGCAAAGGUUCAAGUAAAUAGGUUUCAUAGAGGAAAAUAAUAGAAUCGCAUCUGUACCAAGUUGAGAAACUGAAUGACUUAAUCUAAGGAAUAAUUUGUAAGAGGUUCUCCUGAUUGUUCAUUCACUUGUUAUUUGUAUGAGCAUUCAAUCGACCUUAAUGGAUAAAAUAUGAUUGCAUUCAUUAGA